CUCAAUACUAAAAUUAUUUUCGUGUUAGUUUAUCGCUUAUAGCGGGAGGAAAGAAGUGGUCUUUUCGUCCUAACAUAUAUAUUGAGACUAGAAUUUAAUGUGUAUAUUUUCCAUUAAAUUAUUCAGCAUAUAUUAAUGCCGUACGUUGCUUACAUCGUACAAAGUGAAAAAUUAAUAAUAUAAUUCUAUCUAUACCGUGAGAAUGUAUGUUUAGUAAAUAACUUUUAUUAGUUAUUAAAAACAAGUAUAGUCAUUUUAACAUGGAGAUGUUGCGAAAUUUGGCACUGACCGUGUUUCUAUCAUUACUUGGAUUUUUGUUUUUAUUUAACUCUGCUGAGUGUUGCAACGAAGCUGUAUGUGCUUCAAUUGUAUCUAAAUGCAUGCUAAUGCAAAGCUGCAAGUGCGAACUAACAAACAGUACCUGCUGCAACGAAUGUUUGAUAUGCCUAGGCAAGGAAUAUUACGAAGAAUGUUGCAGUUGUGUAGAGUUAUGUGUAAAAGCAAAUGGCACGCGAAAUUCACUGCUAUCGCACGUAGAAGAAUUUAAUGGCAUUCCAGACUUGUUUAACGUUCUUGCAUUUAGUGACGGAAUUAAUUACAAUUGGCACAGGCUUACGUUUCCCGUAGACUUUGAUACUAUAUUAUCUGUUGCAAAAUUAGACAAGGAUGUUAAAUAUUAUUUAAAAACCAGUGGUGAAAAUCGUGACGAGGCAGUUAGAGAAAGGAAUAAUGUUUUAACUUUGAACUGCACAGUGCUAUUCUUAGAUCAAUGUACAUCGUGGAAUAAGUGUCGGCAAAUUUGUCAAAGUACAGGUGCUAGCAGUUACAGAUGGUUCCAUGAUGGUUGCUGUGAAUGUAUAGGUUCGACAUGUAUUAAUUACGGUUUAAAUGAAAGUCGUUGCAGGCAAUGUCCAGAAUCUAGAGAUGAUAUAGAUGAAACUUUUGAUGACGACAUGUUAGAUUAUGGAGAUGAGCUUGGACCAUUUGACGUCUAGUUUUGGAAUCAAAUUGUAAUAAUGUUUACGUCCAAAAACGUAUAUGUUUAUAAUUAUGUAUAUAAAGUAAUUUUGAAACGUUAUAGUCACUUGUCACCUAUAGAAAAAGAAAAGAACAACAUUACAUAAGUUUUAUGGUAUGUAACGAACGUAGUUGUGUUUUAUACUAAAGUAAAUUUGCUUAUUUAUGUAUGCCAGUUUCGAAAAAAGUUUACAGUAGAAGAAAGAAAGAGUUGGGAAAAAAUCUUAAUGUAACUGCCAUCAAAUACAUAAAUAGACACACUCCCAGCUUUAUUCUGAGCACAAUCAUUUAUAGAUCCAUAACCAUACAUUUCUGGAAAACAACAUUAAAACUGGUCUUUUAAUCUCUUUGAGCUUUUUUAGUAUUCUGAUGUUUAAGCAUAGAGAUGACGAUUUCAAAAAACACGAUAUACCUACCCUUCAGCAAGUGGUUGAGAGUUCUUAUUAUGAGAACGAGUUAUAUGGUAACGAUAUAAAGGGAAAAUUUUUUAAAAUUUAUAUAAAGAGAACUGGUCAAAAAAUGGAAGAAAAAAUAAUUGCAAAGUUU